GACGCAAUAAUCUUCUUCGUGUGUUAAUUGCUAAUUUGUUCAGAUUUUUCAAGUGCGAGCGGAAGCGUUUUACUGUAAAGUGAGUUAUGAACCUUGACCAAGAAGUUCCAGCGGUUGCCAGUGAUAUCUCAAGAAUAGGAACUAUUUUUGGUACAUCGUUGGGCCCGUCCUGCUAUCAACAACACAUCGAACACUACAAACCAACGUCCAGCCUAAACCCGGGGCCGUUCCCAGCGGACUGGAGAGAACCCUGGCAUCAUGAAGGUAAUAGUUGCGAAACGGAUGAUAGUGAGCAGUACGUGCCAGAUACCAACUAUAAUUCAUCAUUUGCAUUAAAUCCAGGUGUUUUAAGUUUAAAACCCGAGACGAGCACGGCCAUGACUGAAAUCAUACAUAACCUUAGCAAAUCGCACCACCAUCACUAUGGCCCUCCACCGAUUCCACCGCCAUCUUAUGGUGAACACUUUGACGGCAUCUAUGCAACCACCUAUCAGACUAAUGGCUGCUUUUAUACGAAUUUCUGCAAUCGCAAUACAUCAGCACCUGCGUCAACAGCACAUGAUCAUCAGAACACGUUGAGUCAUCCCUUAAUGCCGCUGAUAAAAGAAGAACCAACGGAACGAGAUUAUCCAGGUCAAAAUGAGGUUUGUGUAAAAGAUAAAGCAAAAGAGAACUCGUCAGAUACACGGCAGACGAGUAAUUCAACACAAGCUACUGUAACAAAUGCAUCGCCCCUGCUACAGAGCACAGGACGGCGGGGAUCGCUGCAGUUGUGGCAGUUUUUAGUGGCGCUACUGGAUGCGCCGGAUGCUUCAGCGGGGUGUAUUGCAUGGACUGGCAGGGGGAUGGAGUUUAAACUAAUCGAACCAGAAGAAGUAGCAAGACGUUGGGGAGCCCAAAAAAAUCGGCCAGCAAUGAACUACGAUAAGCUAAGCCGUUCUCUACGAUAUUAUUACGAGAAAGGAAUAAUGCAGAAAGUGGCCGGCGAAAGAUAUGUAUAUAAAUUCGUUUGUGAUCCGGACGCUUUGUUCAACAUGGCGUACGGCACACACCAUUCCGAUGUAUCAACCUCACGAGUACAUCAUUCCACUCACCAUCACCACCACUACAGCGCACGCAGUGACAGCGCGACAAAAACCGAAUCCACUCACCAUUUACCGUACACCGACAUGCUCAACUUUUAUAAUUGCGGAAUUGCACACCCUUACCAUUACUUCCAGGAUCCUUCAAAGCAUCCAAAGUAUACCACAUAAGCAUAAUCAAAACGCGAAUAACCUUAAAGCGUUUCAUUUUCUCUUUGUUAAAAUUGUGAUCUUUUCAAUUGUGAUUUGC